AUGGAUGUUGAUGUUUCUGCACCCAUUCAAUCCGAAGAUUGUCAACCUGGAUCAUCAACAUCAGACAAUUCUAUCCUACCCUCGGAUGAUAUCCUACAGUCAGCUCCUACCUUAUGGAAAGUGGAUAGGCAUUUCCAAGAAGAAAUUGUAAAAAAGCUGAUAGAGCAAAACAUUUAUAAGCAGGACUUUUCAAGAUCUGAAAGAGAGCAUAACGGGCACAAACGCUACCUUACCAAGUCUUUGUUUGAAAGAACUAUGUUAAAUGGUGAGAAAGUAAAUAGGGAAUGGCUAGUUUAUUCUCUGUCUACUGGGUGUGUGUACUGUGCUCCUUGCAAAGUGUUUUGCCAAAAGAAUGAAGAUAAAGCAUUCAUAAAUGGUUUCAGUAAUUGGAAAAAUCCCCAUAGCAGGGUUAGGAAGCAUGAGAACAGUUCUAAGUACAAAAACUGCAUUAGAAUUUGGCAUGACAGAGCAUCAGAUGAGCAUAGAAUUGACCAAGAUCUUGUUAGGGAGUUGGAGGAGGAAAAGAAGUACUGGCAAUCAGUCUUGAGACGUAUUGUUGAAGUAAUAAAGUUUCUUAGAGCAAGGGGCCUAGCCUUUCGUGGGAAUGAUGAACAAUUUGAGUCAUCUAAGAAUAGUAAUUGUUUAGGUAUACUUGAGUUGCUAGCCAAGUUUGACCCUUUUCUAGCUCAACACAUCCAAAAGUAUGCAGGGGCAGGCAAAGGUUCCCCAUCUUACUUGUCAAAAAUCAUAUGCGAAGAACUUAUUAAAUCGAUGCUAAAACAACUGUUAAUGGAAAUUGUUUCCGAGAUCAAACAAGCAGAAUACUUCUCCAUUAGCGUUGAUUCAACCUCUGACAUUAGUUACGUGGAUCACCUGACUUUCAUAAUCAGGUAUGUGGUAUCACACGGAAAACCAAUUGAGAGAUUUAUCAAUUUUGUUGAGGUCCAUUCACAUAAAGCAGAAAAUUUAGCCAAUGUAGUGAAAGACGUCAUAACUGAAGAUCUAGGCCUUGACAUUAGUAACCUUCGUGGGCAAAGUUAUGAAAAUUCCUCUAAUAUGGCUGGUGCAUAUUCAGGUUUGCAGGACAGAAUCAAAGAAUUAAAUACAGUUGCCCAUUUUCUGCCAUGUGCUGCUCAUUGA